AUGGGGCAAGUGUAUGAAUUGAUUGGACACGAACCCUCAGCUGUCAUCAAAUAUAUGUUUUGUGGCGACGAAGAACAAUUGAAGAUCUUCAAAAAAGAAGAGAAAAGAGUGGGAAUUGUAAUGGAAUAUUGUCAAAAGGGACCACUGAAGAGAGUGAUUCUUGAUCCAACCAUUACAUAUUCAAUGAACACUGUUCUCACCUGGGGAAUCCAAUUAUUUGAUGCCAUCAAGCACAUGUAUCAGAAACACAAAUUGGAGGCUGAUGUAUCGAAUUCCCAUCGAAAUGAUGUCUACAGUCUGGGACUUGUUAUGUGGGAAAUCAUCGAAAGGAGAACAAUUUUCACAAACUAUGAGACGUCUGGAGUGUUUGAUCGAAAACAUCUUGAGAUGUAC